AUGGAUCAAGCAGCCAUCAAUGGGUUCUUCCGUGAGCUGGCGGACAGUUCGGCAUUGCCAGCCGUGAUAUAUAGCUUUCCUGGAGUCACUGCUGGACUGGAAAUUGACUCUGAGAUGCUGGAAGUCCUCGGUCAACACAAGAACAUUGCGGGUGUGAAAUUAACGUGCGGUGGUAUUGCAAAGGUAACGAGAGCUGCUGCUAUCUUCAAGCCGUCAGAGUUUGCGGUGCUUGCAGGCAAGAGUGAUUGGCUUGUUCCCGCUAUGGCUGCAGGAAGCGUUGGUUGCAUUACUGGCGUAGCAAAUCUCUAUCCCAGGAUCUGUAUUCUAGACUUCCCUCGAAAGACCGCUGAUCUGUUGUAG